AUGUACCUCCAAUACAUAAAUCCCACCAGCGCAGCCACUAUUAACGACGCCGUUUCCGUCCCUUCAACCGAGCCCAAUAAUAUAGCGGCUCCCAGACUUGUGGACCAAAACGGCGACUGUGGGCACCCCUUGGCUGUCGUUUCGCAGCCACCACCGGAGGUGCCGAGGUGGGAGAGCGCUCCGAGAGUGGUCCCGUCCAUGGACGCCGUGGUGAAGGUGUUUUGCGUGCACACGGCGCCCAAUUUCUCGUUGCCUUGGCAGAGGAAGAAGCAGUACAGUUCCAGCAGUAGUGGGUUUGUGAUAGGGGGCAGAAGGGUUUUGACUAAUGCGCAUUCUGUGGAUCAUCAUACUCAGGUUAAGCUCAAGAAACGCGGCUCUGAUACCAAGUACUUGGCCACUGUCCUAGCCAUUGGAACCGAGUGUGAUAUUGCGAUGCUUACUGUGAGUGAUGAUGAGUUCUGGGAAGGGAUUUCACCUGUGAAGUUUGGAUGUUUGCCUGCACUCCAAGAUGCUGUGACUGUUGUUGGGUACCCAAUUGGGGGUGACACAAUCUCUGUGACUAGUGGUGUUGUGUCACGCAUGGAGAUACUGUCUUAUGUUCACGGCUCCACUGAGCUUCUGGGAAUGCAGAUAGAUGCUGCAAUCAACUCUGGAAACUCUGGUGGACCUGCCUUUAAUGAUAAGGGAAAAUGCGUGGGCAUUGCAUUUCAGUCCCUUAAACAUGAAGAUGCGGAAAAUAUAGGCUAUGUCAUACCCAUACCGGUUAUUAUGCACUUCAUUGAGGAUUAUGAGAAGAAUGGCGCAUAUACAGGCUUCCCAAUUCUUGGAAUUGAGUGGCAAAAAAUGGAAAAUCCUGAUCUUCGCAUGUCAAUGGGGAUGGGACCUGAUCAAAAGGGUGUGCGUAUUAGAAGAAUAGAACCUACAUCUCCAGAAUCUCAACUGCUGAAGCCAUCUGAUGUUAUUCUUAGCUUUGAUGGGGUUAACAUUGCUAAUGAUGGCACAGUUCCAUUCAGGCAUGGAGAGCGCAUAGGUUUCAGUUACCUUGUCUCUCAAAAAUACAUUGGUGAUAAUGCUGUAGUAAAAGUUCUUCGUAACUCAGAGACACUUGAAUUCAACAUUAAACUUGCAAAACACAAGGAACUCAUCCCCUCACACAUUGAGGGAAAACGUCCUUCCUAUUAUAUCAUUGCUGGAUUUGUUUUCACAGCUGUUUCUCUUCCAUAUCUGCGUUCUGAGUUUGGAAAUCUAUUUGACGUUCCAAUCAAACUGUUGGACAAGCAUUUACAUGCAAUGGCACAGUCUAUUGAUGAACAGCUUGUUGUUGUUUCUCAGGUACUUGUUGCUGACAUUAACAUUGGAUAUGAGGACAUCGUUAACAAUCAGGUUCUUACUUUCAAUGGUAUGCCUGUGAAGAAUCUGAAGAGCUUGGCCAGAAUGGUUGAGAAUUGUGAUGACGAGUACCUAAAGUUUGGCUUGGAAUACAAUCAGAUGGUUGUUCUACAGACGAAAAUUGCCAGGGCAGCAACACUGGAUAUCCUCAUGACACAUUGCAUAUCUUCGGCCGUGUCUGAUGAUCUUAUGACUAAAGAGAAUACUUCAGAGGAAGUACAGUUGACACUUGAUGACCCUAAGACUAGCGAUACGAUUUUAGAGGAAGUACAAGAGACUAAGGAAAUUUUUUAA